AUGGCUAGCGCUCUAAAUUACCACUUUGUUCAGCUGGUCGGGCCCGAUUCAAGAAAACUGCGGAUCCAUCCCCAAAUUCGAGAAAGAUUAAAUUGGAAACCAAGAGACGUUCUUUCGCCAAUUAUAUCUUUAUACUGCAUUCUUGGAGAAAAUGCCUCUUUUCUCCACUCCUUGAAGGCAGACGCUAGAUCAUUUAAAAUUUCACUUUUUAGAGGAAUUUCUGUGAUGAUUCUCAAUAGGCAACGGGAUCUCGUCGCACCAUCCGAUGCUUCUCUCUUUGUAAAUAUGGUUGAGGCCUUGCAAAACUACCAUACUCCCUCAGCAAACGUUAAAGAAGCAAUCAAAAAAGUCAAUGGCGAUCUGAGACUUUUAGAUGCAGACACGCUUUCUGCAAUUGAAGCCCUUCUCUCGUUGGAAGAGGAUGUUCCUGAGGAAUUUCUUGAUCCCGUAAUGGCAACCAUUAUGCUUGAUCCUGUUCGGAUGGAGACAACAUCAAAAAAGAUCGUCGAUCGGCGGGUAAUAAUGGCCCAUCUGAUGAACGAUGAGCGGGAUCCUUUUAGUAGAAAGCCAUUGAAGGAAUCAGACUUGGUACCUGCCGAUGAGCUACGAACGAAAAUAUAUGCCUGGAUAGCAGAUAAAGUCAAAUUGUAA